AUGUCUCGCCCAACUGGAACUCCAUCAUGGGCACCGAGAGCCGGAAGCCCAGCUAGCCCCGCAACACUUCGUUCUCUCGCUUAUCCUACUCCGAAACAAGUGGAUGGAGUCGUAUAUGAUAUAUUGCUCAUUGAGAUGGUCCGCACGCUUCGUGAUUCGGCAAAGGUAGCACGCAAACGAGAGACGGAAUUGGAAGAGGAAAUGAUAGAGAACGGUCUGUUGGAGAGAAAGGCGCCUGCAGCCACCGCCUCUAAAGGAGACAGCGUCAGCAGUAUACCUGCAGCCAAGGGUACAGUCGACGAAGACGAGGAAGCCUUGAGGAUACGGUUAGAGUCAAUCGGUAUGCACGUUGGUGCCAACUUGGCUGAGAGGAUAUCAAGGGACCGCCCCCGGUUUACGGACACGCUUGAUACAGUCAAGUUUAUUUGUAAAGAUCUUUGGACUACUGUCUGGGAGAAACAGGUCGAGAAUCUUAGGACAAAUCACCGCGGUGUUUAUGUCUUGACGGACUCGCCAUUCAAGCCGCUUGUUCGAAUAUCGGCCUAUGGAACAACCCCAGAAAUUAUACAAAAGGCUAGGGUGUACGCCUAUGUACCAGCGGGAAUCAUACGAGGGGCACUCGCUCGCCUUGGGCUUCAGGGGACAGUGACGCCGGACAUCAGUGACUUACCGCGAUGUACCUUUCAAAUUAAACUUGCGAAAACAGGCUAG